ACGAAUUUAGACAUGAUCAAUACGUCUCCCAAACAUCUCUAGAAGACUUUAGUGUGACCGGAAUGUACACAUCACACCUAUUUCACAACAAAGUGUAUAAUUGGACUAAACUACUGGAUAUUCUUAGAAUACUAUCCUUUGGAAUAAUAUUAUUAGUUUUCCUCUUUGUUAUACCACUAGGAGCUGAAGAAGAAUGUAUACAUUCCAGGCUUUGGUGUUACGAAUGCAAUUCAUGGAGUGAUGCUCGCUGCAAGGAUCCUUUCAAUGAGAGUUCGGGACUUCAGGAACCAGCACUUUUGAGACGUUGCGAGGGAUGCUGCGUCAAGAUUGUUACAGAUAAAGGAACAAUCGACCAUAGAGACGAAUUUAGACAUGAUCAAUACGUCUCCCAAACAUCUCUAGAAGACUUUAGUGUGACCGGAAUGUACACAUCACACCUAUUUCACAACAAAGUGUAUAAUUGGACUAAACUACUGGAUAUUCUUAGAAUACUAUCCUUUGGAAUAAUAUUAUUAGUUUUCCUCUUUGUUAUACCACUAGGAGCUGAAGAAGAAUGUAUACAUUCCAGGCUUUGGUGUUACGAAUGCAAUUCAUGGAGUGAUGCUCGCUGCAAGGAUCCUUUCAAUGAGAGUUCGGGACUUCAGGAACCAGCACUUUUGAGACGUUGCGAGGGAUGCUGCGUCAAGAUUGUUACAGAUAAAGGAACAAAACAGGAAGCAAUCAGGAGGACCUGUACAUCAAAUUUACAAAUCAACCUGUUUCUUGUCGAUCACGUUUGCAUGAAAGAAAGCGAAGGUAAAGGCACUAUGUGUUUUUGCGAGAGUGAAGCAUGCAAUUCAGUUCCUUCUUUAACUAUAAGAAAUGAUAUUUUGCUUUGGUCUCUAUCUCUAUCAAUCAUUAAAGGCUACUAUAGACUUUAGUAACGAAUAUAAUGGAAAAUAAAGGCUAGGAAACUCUAAAAAAAAACAAUUUAGUCUCAGGAA